AUGGCAUCCACCACAUUAUGCAAGAAAGAAAUCUUAACAGACAUCCUAGUUAGACUACCUGCAAAAACCCUCCUUCGGUUUCUGUGUGCAUGCAAGUCAUGGAGUGAUUUGAUUAACAGCUCGAGUUUUAUCACCACACAGCUUAACAGGAAUGUCACCAAACACCUCCAUGUCUCUCUACUUUGCCUCCACUACCCCGAUCUCAAACGUCCUUUCGAGUUCUACGAACAUUAUGAGGACUACCCAGAUCUUAAACGAGAAUUGGAAUGGUCACUUUUCUCCAACAAAACAUUUGAGCAUUGCUCCAAGUUAAACCAUCCCUUGGGUAUCAAGAAAGAUUAUAGGGUAUAUGGCUCAAGCAAUGGCCUAGUUUGCAUUUCGGACGACAAAUUGGACACCAAGAGCCCUAUACACAUAUGGAACCCCUCGGUUAGGAAAUUUAGAACCCUUCCAAUGAGCACCAACCACAACGUUAAAUUCCGCUACAUUGCUCUCCAAUUCGGGUUCCACCCUGGGGUUAACGACUACAAGGUUGUAAGGAUGUUGUGCGUCCACAAAGACAAUGCUUUUGCGGUCGAAGUUUAUAGUCUCAGCACAGACUCUUGGAAGAUGGUUGAAGAACAUCCUCUUUGGUUAAAAUGCACUUGGCAGAACCAUAGAGGCAGCGAAAAAUUCAAAGAGUUCAUAGCACCGGAUGCCAUUAGCUGUUGGUCACGGCUGUAUAUUGAGGUUUACAAGGAUCAAAUUUGCUUGCUUUAUUAUUUGAGACUGUUUCAUUGUGAGGAAGAAGGCAUGUCACAAAUUGAGUUUUGGGUUCUGCAAGAAAAACGAUGGAAACAAAUGCGUCCUUUUAUUUAUCCCUCCAACGACUACUUUGUAGUCGGGUUUAGUAUAGAUAAUGAACUAUUAAUGGAGAGAAGCAAUUAUGGCAAUGCUCUGUAUUUGUGCAACUAUGAAUCCAAGCAAGAUCGCGAGACAGGGAUUGAGUUGGCCAUCUCGAGAAAUGACCCUGAGCAGCUCUUGUUUGUAUUUACCUACAUAGAAAGUUUGAUUUUACUCAAUUGUUAA